UCCAUUACGACAUACUAUACAAUUUUCCAAUGUUCAUGACACGCGACGAGUCACGAUGAAUUUAUUAUUGCUAACUCUACAAAGCUCUUGAUUAUGUAACCACUAGGAUUCAGGGUCAAUCAUCUCCUAGUUACUACAUAUAGCAGCAGCACAAACAAUGGCCGGCAUAUUCAAAAGUCCAUAUCAAACGCACUUUGGAACGUUAUGGCCUUCCCCUUUGUCGUUCUUGAUUGGCGAUCUAUUUCAAAGCCACCCCCAAAAAUGCAAUGCGGGUUCUCAUACACUAUUCCCUAUGCAGAAUGUUAUUCCUGCGGCUCCCCUCAUCCGUAUAUAAAUCGUACUAACCGCCUCCAUGAACAGAUGCUUCGUAUAGCAGCAAUGAAACUUUUAUUUUCUGCUGUCUUCACUUCUUUUACCUGCUUAGCCGCAGCAUAUCCUAUUAUUGCCAGAGAUGAUACCACUCCCAGAGUCACUAGCAAGUUGGGAACAUUCGUAGGAAAGCAUCUACCUGACUUCAAUCAAGACGUUUUCUUGGGGAUGCCAUACGCACAACCUCCAGUCGGCCAGCUGCGAUUCAAGAACCCACAGCCGUAUAAUCAAUCGUGGGAAGGUGACCGAAUUGCUACGGAUUAUGGAUACUCCUGCUACGAAUGGAGUAAGUCAUCACAGUCCCACGGAGUCAGCUACAGCGAAGACUGUCUCACAAUUAACGUCAUUCGGCCAAGUGGCUAUACCAAUGAAUCUCUACCUGUUGGAUUAUGGAUAUAUGGUGGUUCAUUCCAGUUGGGUUCCUCCGCCUUAGAUACAUAUAACCUCUCAUACCCUGUUCAGCAAUCCGUCAACGUUCAGACACCCAUAAUCGCCAUAUCCGUGAACUAUCGAAUAGGGCCAUUGGGAUUCUUAGCGUCUUCUGAAAUACAGCAAUCUGGAAAUCUGAACGUUGGACUAAAGGAUCUUGUCCUCGCUUUACAAUGGAUACAGGACAAUAUUGGUGCCUUUGGUGGGGAUCCAACUAAAGUUUCACUUUGGGGUCAGUCAGCUGGAGCUGAGGCUGUUGCGAACCUUCUGACCGCUUACGGUGGAACCCUGAAUGGCCUAUUCCGAGGUGCUAUCAUGGAAUCUGGCUCUAGUGUUCGACUUCCUCAUAAUUAUCUCCCUAUCGACACCUGGCAGUCACAAUUCAGUGAUUUCUUAUCAUAUACUGGCUGUACUGGUGAUGGUGAACCGUUGGAGUGCAUUCGAUCGCUGGAUAUAAGCAAGAUUAAGAAUUUUUUCAACAUUUCUAGUCACUUGACAGCGCACGAGUAUUAUCCAGUGAUCGAUGGGGAUUUCAUUCAAGACUGGCCAAAGAAUUUGUUAGCUGAUGGAAAAUUUGUCAAGGUUCCCAUCCUUACUGGCGCCAAUAUGGAUGAAGGUGCCAGCUUUGGACCGGGUAAAAUCGAUACUACUGAUGAAUUGCGGAAUUGGCUGAAAACUUCAUAUCCAGCCCUUGAGGAGACUACCAUCGACCAACUCCUAGAGUUUUAUCCUGACGACCCGACACUUGGAAGUCCCUUUGGAACUGGUGAUAUGUAUAGCAGUUCUCGCUACGGCCUUCAGUACAAGCGUGGAAAUGCGUUAGCAGGAGAUUUGGCUAUGGCGGGACCAAGAAGAUUGACAUGCGAAACCUGGGCGCAAGCUGGUCUAGAUGUGUACUCAUACAACUGGAAUCAAAGUGACUAUAAAAAUCCUCCUGAAGACGGCGCUGAUCAUGCUCAAGAAGUGGUGUAUGUCUUUGAUAAUCCCUCGGACAGUUUUCCAAACAGUGGAAUAUCACCUACUAUCGGACCUGAUCCUAACGGCACAAAAAAGUUGCUUGCUGAUCAAAUUUCAGGUUUCUUAAUGUCAUUUAUUGCCACAGGUGACCCUAACAACGCAAUACUCAACCAAAAUGUACCUGCCUGGCCAAAAUACAAUCUUACACAGCCCACAAACUAUUAUUUCCAUGAAGGCGACACAAACAUCGAGGCAGAUGAUUGGAGAAAGGACGCUAUUCAUUACCUUAACUAUGAAGUUGGACACCAAUUUUAUAACUAGUAGCUUGUAUCCAAACCUUCCUAUUAGUACAAGUAUAGGCUCACAUAACGAGCUUUAAGCUUGAGCUAAUAUUAUUGUUCGUAAUAUUGUAAAUUUUCUAACACACAACCACUCAGACUUUUAUCUCUUUGAAUAAUUUGCUUCUAAACGAUAAAAGAUUUCUUUUGAAAGCCGUGACAUCGUCUCGAGGCAAGAUUUAAAAUCACCUAUAUGUAUCAAUCAUUCAUAUAGCCAUUGUG